UCGUGAGCUGUGCUGGCAACCGAUCCCAAGACAUGGCGCGAAGCAUGGCGCGAAGUGAUGUUUUUGUUGCGGUGGUAUCAUAAAAUGAGAGCUUGUUUCGUUCGUAGUUCCCGCGUUAAAACCAACCAUACCGCGGCGAUUUUCUGAUGCAGCCGUACGACAAACAACAAGCUUAAUAAUGGACAUCCGCAAGUUCUUCACCUCUUCUGGGCCAGCGCCUGUGAAGCGAGCUGCUGAUGAUACAAAAAGACAACCUGAUGAGAAAAGCAAGUCCAAACAGUCGACGAAAGCGGCGAAAGAGCCUGCGAAACCGAAGGCCUUGGAAAAGAAGGAGAAGAAAACUUCACCUGUGAAAGUUCCGAAGAAAGAAAAACAUGAGCCGGCCAAGCCAGUGUCCGCGAAGGAAAAGAAGGAAUCUGGAAAAAAGCCACGGCAGAGGAUUGUCAUGCUUGAUUCCGAUUCGGAAGACGAAGAACCAAUCCCCAAAAAGGCCAAGAAGCAAGCCAAAGAAUGUAAAGCUGUAACUGUUGAUUCUGAUGAAGGCUCGGAAGACCCAGUGGCUUUGAAGCCUGCCGAACGUACGGAGACUGCAGUUUCAAAGGAUGCAUCUCCAAAGAAGCCUGUAAGGAAAGUAAAUGGCAAGGAACCUCCAAGUCAGAAACUAGUGCCCGUUUCUGCUGAUGAUUUCUUCACAAGUGCUUCCUUGAGUCCCGCCUCCAAGUUGUCACUCAAGGCGGCUCAAGCGAAAAAGGUUUCGACUGCAAAGGAGUCUCAUGAUGACGACGAUUUCCAGAAAACACUUGACAGGCUGGAUGAAAAGCCACAGGAAAAGCAGCUGGCCACACGUUCAAGCCCCCGGAAGACCAUCAAAGACUCUGAGAGGUCCCAGAAAUCUGGAAAACCAGCUGAGAGUCCCAUUGCAAGAAAGGCAUCACCGUCUAAAGGUAAUGUCCAGAAGCCAGAACCCAGCCAGAAGCUUGAGAAGGAAAAGGCCACAGUGAAAUGCACACCAGAGAAACGAAAAGCUGAAUCACAAGGUUCUGCCAGCCCUUUGUCCAAGAAGCCUGAGAAAGCACUGACACCUAAAAAGGGAAGCUCAAGAACAGUGCUAAAGAAGACUGAAGAAGCAACGCCUGGCAAGCAAGCUGUGAAGAAAGAACGAUCUGCACCUUCUAAGGAAGAGGUACCCAAGAAAGAGAAGCCGGCCGCUGCCACUUCACCUGCCUUUCGGAGAGGAAAUGCUGCUAGCUACCAGAGUUACCUCAACAGGGAAGGCCCGAGGUUGCUGGGAACACGAGACAUACCAGAGGGUGCUCCUGGCUGCCUGAAAGGUGUGACAUUAGUGGUGACCGGAGUGUUGGAAUGCAUCGAGCGUGAUGAUGCUAAGGAGCUGCUGGAGCGCUGCGGCGCCAAGGUCACGCAAAGUGUUAGCCGCAAUACCACCUACGUUGUUGCGGGCCGAGACUCAGGCCCAGCCAAGAUACGCAAGGCAGAAGAGUGUAAGGUGGAAAUAAUAGAUGAAAAUGCUCUGUACGAGCUGAUUGAAAGUCGUUCGGGUGGUGCUGGCAAGCGCAAGGCUGAAAAAGCAGAAGUUAAGGAAGAGCCAGAGGAGGCAAGUACACCGAAGAAAAAACGAAAAGUGGAUUCUGAAGACAGCUCGGAGGACCAUCAGGAAAAGAGGGUGCCAAAAGUCAGUGAGCACGCCAUUUCCCCGAACAAGAAGUCAGGAGCUACUGCUGCUGGGGAGACGCCGUCGACAUCCAGCGGCCAGAAGACAUGGACACCCUCUGAGAUGUGGGUAGACAAGUACAAGCCGCAAACGACCAAGCAGAUCAUCGGCCAGCAGGGAGACAAGAGCAACUGUGGCAAGUUGCUCCUGUGGUUGCGCAACUGGCACAAGAGCCGUGCUGGACCCAAGAAACCAAUUCCCAAAUGGGGAGGAGGUGGAGGCGAUGGUUCCGCCUUCAAAGCAGCUCUUCUUUCUGGAUCUCCUGGCAUCGGCAAGACUACCACUGCUACACUUGCAGCACGGGAAGCCGGCUACAGCAUUUUGGAGAUGAAUGCUUCAGACACUCGUUCCAAGAAGAGUCUUGUCGAACACGUGGCCGAGACCCUGGGGAACCUCACACUUACAGGAUCUGGCAUGACAUCCAAACACGUGCUCAUCAUGGAUGAAGUCGAUGGCAUGGCAGGCAAUGAGGACAGGGGUGGAGUUCAGGAGUUGAUUGGUCUGAUAAAGUCCACCCGGAUUCCCAUAAUAUGCAUUUGCAAUGACCGCUCGCACCCGAAAAUGCGUUCCUUGUUGAACUACUGUUUUGACUUGCGAUUCCAGCGACCGCAGGUCAAGCAAAUUCAGGCUGCGCUGAUGUCCAUCGCAUGCAAGGAAGGUCUUUCUAUCAGCCCCGCCAUUGUACAAGAGAUUGUCAUGGCCUCCAACCAGGAUGUGCGGCAAGCACUGCACAACCUCUCACUUUGGAGUUCCCGAGCAAAGAGCAUGAGUGUGGCACAGGUGAAGGCUGAUGCUGGCAAGGGUACCAAGGACAUCAAAAUGGGACCGUUCGACGUGGUGCGCAAGAUCCUGUCGAGCACCGAGGGUGGCCAGUCUAUGACACUGAACGAGAAGGCAGCACUCUUCUUUCAUGACUACAACAUGGUGCCGCUGUUUGUUCAAGACAACUACUUGCACAUUCAGCCCUUGGAAGCCAAGGGUGAUCCUAAGAAGCACCUUCGAUUGGUCAGCGAUGCGGCCGACAGCAUCAGCUAUGGCGACGUAGUAGAGCGACAGAUCCGGCAGCAUGGCAACUGGUCCCUGCUCCCCAUGCAAGCUUUCUUUGCAAGCGUGAUUCCUGGAGAGCUUGUUCGGGGCCACAUGCGAGAGAUGGUCAGCUUUCCAGCCUGGUUCGGCAAGAACUCCUCCACGACCAAGCGACAUCGCCUGCUUCGCGAACUCAAGCAUCACACAUACACUCGAGUAUCUGCUGACCGCACACAACUGUCCAUGGACUAUGUGGGUCCCUUGCUAGACUCGCUGACCAAGCCGCUGAUCGACAAAGGUGCGGACGGUGUGCCAAGUGCUGUGCGCCGCAUGCACCACUACUACCUGCAGCGAGCCGACCUGGACAACCUUUGUGAUCUGGCUUUGUGGCCGGGCAUGGGUGACCCCAUGGGACGCAUUGACUCUAAGGUAAAAGCUGCACUGACACGUUCCCUGAAUAAGGAGGCCUUCAUGAUGCCUUAUGCCACUGGCGACUUCGUCAAAAAGAAGGCCAAGAAAGGUGCAGGCAAAGCUGGGAAACUGGCGGCAUCACAGGGCGACGAGGAAAAUCCUGAAGAAGAAGCAGAGGAAGAAGACGACGAGCCCGACCCAACCCUUGUUGAUUACGAGUAGAUUGCAAUCUUGUUUUUGAAAUCUGGUUGCAUUAUUUUGUGCUUUUGUUUGUGGAUUGACUGCCACAUGUUCACAACGCUUGUCACCAUUGCAAAGCUAUCAUGUGAAAUGCUCUGUGAUAACAUUGUAUGGAGCCUUGCACUUCCUAACAUUUCGACUACUACUACCUCAGCAGCUCUCCUUUGUGUGUGCACAGCAAGGGUAGUCAAAGUCAUUGCAGUGUUCACUGGACAUGUUGCUUUUUGAAAGCGAUCAUAUUGUUUGCUUGGAAAGUGUACUACCAGAAAUUCGUGCUUUCACGGCAGCAAUCGGGGCUGGUUGGUCAUACAUUGUCAACUCGUGGGCGUGCUAUCCCGAAACACGAAACUUAGUGAUUGUGCACACACCGAGUGCAGUUGUCUCAGGUUUCCUCUCAUUGUGUUUUGUGCGUCAAGUUGGUGUACCUGCAGUCAACAUCUGAUAUUCAUGACUUGCCUGAAUAGAGUCUUGCAUCUUCUAUUGUUUUGACUGGGUGGGGUAACUCCUUUCGGCCUGCGCAGUGGAAGCGGUUGUGCUGCUCCUCCACAAACGAUGUAGACUCUGGCUUACAAUUGCGAAUGACAGAACGUUCUGUUCGAAAAUGGCUAAAAUUCUGUUGUUGCUAGAUUAUCUUACAGUUGAGACAAAUUCCAGCUUAUCUAAAAGUAAUAUUCGGCUGCUCACGGAAGUUAUAACGGAAGUGCUCAUCAUGGGAAGCCACAGAUAGCUGUAUUUUCUUGCAGCCUAACACUCGACAUGUGUAACCUGUGUACUGCAUCUUGCAAUCACAAGGUUCAUGCUGAAACUGCAAAGAAGUCGAGUUUUACUCUAAGACUGUCGUGUUCAAAAAAAGUAUCUCUAAAACACAGUGAGUUCAGUUAUCCCAAGAAUAGCUGGCUUCUGAGCUCCUUGUUUACUCGUGCACGAUGAACUCAGCAGAUUGUGUGGAAGGGAAGGACAGUAUAGAAUGGCAAUUGGAUGUCUAAACAUGCCAGCGUAAUCAAUGUUCAAAACAAACAAACGAAAUAAAACACUCAAUGUCUAAGCAUUCAAUUGCUAGCAAUCAAAUGCGCCAUUAUUCAGUUGCUCAUCAGCAAAGUGUCGUAUCCAUUCCCUCCUGCUGUCCCUGUCUGUGUCAUUUACAGAAUUUUCAUCAAGCACUAAUCGUCUCCUUUAUACUUGGGAGUAUGCCAUCCUUUCCAUUGAUAGGGCCGACAGGCACAAUGAAACAAUCUGCAUGCAAAUACUGUACUAAACAGCAUUAAUUUAUGUGCCACACAUGCUGAAUGAUAAGGAAAACUUGAUUUUUGCAAAUAAUGAUGUAUGAAUGUGCACUACUAAGUGAGAUCUCAUCUCGGUAGCACUGUAUAUAUAUUCACAUCACAUGAUGACGCUGAAAUCAGUUUUAUGCUCUGAUGGCCUCCUUCAGUAAGGCCUUCAUGACUUUGAUAGUGCUCUGGGCCUCAGUGGACAGUAGUGCACGUAACUAAUAUAUACUGUUUAUUCAGACUUGCAGGGCCACUUUGAAGACAUUCUGCCUCUUCACACCUGUUCAGUAAUGAGUCAUUUUGUUAUAACCCCCUCCCCCUCUUUUACAUUUGAUACACUUCAGUGGUGUUUAUGAUUAAAGUUUUCAUAAUGUGCCUCACACAGAAACCUUGCACACAAGUUUGCAUGGUAGUUAUUGUGCCCUAGAUGCAUAGACAAACACAAAUGAUUCAUCAAGCUAAGAAAUCACCAGCAUAAAUGGCUGCAAGAUAUUAGUUGGGUUUCUGAUAGUUAAGCAUAUCAGAUGCAGGUGAAUGAAAGAAUGCCACGUCUGACAUAUGAAAGCCGCAGAGAAAGGAGUAGGCAUCUGGAAGUAAAAAUGUGCUUUGAAGAAGUGCCCUACCAAACAGAAAUGGCUAAGCCUGCCAAAGAUGAUCAAAAAGCAGUAAUGCCAUGUUAGAAACCUAUUGAAGCAGAGUUGCUACACUACAUUAUGACAUUAAUGCUGCAUAUGAUGGCAUGUUAAAGUUCAAUAGCUUUAUGAAACGUCUGGAAAAAGUAUGUUAUAAUUGUAGCGUCAUGUUGCAACAAGGUAUCUUAUAACAGUGCUAGCCGGUCGUGGUUGUAAUACCAUGACUGAUUAUUUUAGCGUGAGAUCUGGAUAUUGCUGUGUGCUGUGCAUAUACAUAUACGCACACUUACUAGUGCUAAUUAUAUUUUCCCUGUCAUAGCCUAUGUAACUUUGCACAGAUAUUGCUUUUGCAGUAUUAUGCAGACAAAAAGAGACCCAGCUUGGAAUAUCAAAAGGUCUCUUAAAGUGCACCUUCGAAACAGAUUCACUGAUUGGGUAGACUAACAACCCAAUGUCGUGCCGCAAUUGCAGCGAAUCGUGAACAUUUCAAUUUUUUUUAUUAUUAUUAUUCAAUCAAACCAAAAUUUGUUGAUUUUGCAAGCAUUAAAAAAAAAUUUACAAUUGUGCUUAAUUUGUUUCCUGGUUGGGUCCUACAUUUGUGUUCAGCAAGGUUCUGCUUGAUCGGCUAGCAAUUAGAGUACAGUUAAAACUCGUACUAUAAUGAACUAAACCUAGAAUCGUUCUUGUGUAUAUGAGCAUUUAACAAAUAUAUGCUUAUAAUGAAUAUCUGAUAUAACAAAAGUAUUUUUGUGUUGGAUGUGACUGUGUUAUAAUAAGGUUUGACUGUACACAUUUCUGGAUUUGUUAAUGCUUUUCUGGAAGCACGUAUGUGGAAUAAUUGUUUCACUAGUGAAUAUGAGACACUUUCUUUCCUGAAAUAUUUGAUGCAUGUGCAAACUUUGGUACCUCCUGCUCGGUGUAUGUCUAUGUGUAUUAUGCAUUUGAGUGGUGUACCAUUGCAUACUAUGCUUUUUUCGUGAUUUGGCAGCUGGCCCUUAAUGCCUCCAUUAACAUUUUCGCACUAAAACUCGACGUCUAAUGCUUCAUAUUGGAGGUACAUGUGUAGAAAAUAAAUACAUUAGUUGGAGAGAUUGUUUUACCUCUCAUGGGAUGGAAGAUUUUCUUUAUUAUUAUUAUUUUCUUUUUUAAAGGAGAUGCUGGAAGAGAGCUCAAGACUUGAAAAUAAUAUCGUUAUUUGGUCAGUAAUGGAAGCAGCAAUGUGAAAUUAUUGUCAUUUCUCCAUUUAUUUGCUUCUAUGCCCUUAUAGCAUGCUUUCAAAAACCAAUGCCUACACUGCCCUUCAUGAGCUGAUCACAUAAGAGGUGGUCAUAGCCACUGCUAAAGUUGCUUACCUACCAUCAUUUCAGGGGAAAAACCUGCCUUCAUUUGGUUGUAUACAAGGCUUUAUACAAACAUGUACACAUUUUUUUGCCUGUGCUCGUUGACAUUUAUUUCAAAAUCCGGAGAAUGGCUACCUCUGAAGCUGAGGGCUAAUUUUUGUGUCGCAGUGGUCAUUUGUAUUGCGAAUAAACAACUAUUUUAAAACCU